UGACUCUGCGGGAUGGGAUGGUCGUGCCAGAUAACGAGGACGAUACGCUGAUCAGCGAGAUUUACCCUCAGAUCUCGCAUCUCGAUGUCGACGCGAGGAACUACGACGAGUGGUUUUCACAGCGCACAAUACUCGCUGCUCGCAACGACACGGUCUCCGAGAUCAACAGCGCCAUUCUGGACAAGUUUCCCGGCCGCGCGCGAACCUUCAAUGGCGUCGACUCGGUCAUUCAGGAA